CGUGUAUAAAUCAUUUUGGUGGCAUGAAUUCUGUUUACAUUUUUUUUCCUCAAAAAAGUUAAAAUUUUAAAUUUUUAAAAUGAAGUCAUCUGGUGGGAGUUUCCCAUCAAUGAAAUUGAGUAAACCGGUCCUUAAAGGUAUCUAUAAAAAAGGAUAUAAAAAUCCUACACCGAUUCAACGAAAAACAAUACCGAUUGUGUUGAAUGGUCAAGAUGUGGUGGCAAUGGCCCGAACAGGUAGCGGUAAAACUGCCGCUUUUCUCAUACCGAUCAUCGAAAAACUUCAAAGCCAUAAAAUAGAAAAAGGUGCUCGUGUUUUAAUAUUAUCGCCUACUCGGGAGCUUGCAUUGCAAACGUAUAAAUUUGCACGUGAAUUUGCUCGUUUUACCGAUUUAAAAUGUGAAACAAUAUUGGGUGGUGAUUCAAUGGAACGACAAUUUUCUAAGAUACAUGAAAAUCCGGAUAUUAUUAUUGCUACACCUGGACGAUUACUUCAUGUAGCCAUCGAGAUGGAUCUAAAAUUUUCUUCCGUCCAAAUGAUCGUAUUCGAUGAAGCUGAUCGUUUAUUCGAAAUGGGUUUUAAAGAACAAUUAACCGAAAUUCUUUCACGACUUUCAUCCAAGCGGCAAACAUUACUGUUUUCCGCUACGUUACCACAAACAAUUGUUGAUUUUACUCGUGCCGGUUUAAUUGAUCCAGUAUUAGUACGAUUAGAUACUGAAACGAAAAUUAGUGAAAAUUUACGACUGAUACAUUUGGGUUGUCGUAAUGAAGAUAAAUUGGCUACAUUGUUACAUUUAUUGAAAAAUGUGAUCAAAUCAAAUGAACAGAUUAUCGUAUUUUUACCAACACGUCAUCAUAUUGAAUAUAUUAAAGAAAUUUUAGAUCAAUGUUUCAUUCCAUCAACAUAUCUAUACAGUAGCCUAGAUUCUGAAGCACGUAAAAUUAAUAUUCGUACAUUUCAUUUGAAAAAAGUUCCCGUUCUUCUUGUCACUGAUUUAGCGGCACGUGGUGUCGACAUACCAUUAUUGGAUAAUGUAAUUAAUUUUAAUUUUCCAUCAAGAUCCAAAUUAUUUGUUCAUCGUGUUGGUCGUACGGCAAGAGCUGGUCGAUCCGGUACAGCAUAUUCAUUAAUCAGUAAUGAUGAACUACCAUAUCUUUUUACUUUGAGUCUUUUUUUGAAUCAACCAUUCAAAGCAGCAAAUCCAUCCAUUCUUAACAAUGAAGAUGAUGAUGAUGACGAUGGAUGCAAAUAUGGAACAGUACCACAAACAAUUAUUGAUGAAGAGAAUGAAAUCAUACAGAAAUUACAUGGACAAUUUUCGGAAUUAGAUUCAAUGGAAAAAGUAUGUCAAAGUGCAUAUAAACAAUAUUUAAAAACAAGAGAAAUUGCCGAUGGAGAAUCAGUGAGAAAAAUGAAAUCAUUUUUAGAAAACGAAAAAAUUGGCUAUCAUCCGAUUUUCAUUGAUCGAACAAUCAAACAAAAUGAUCAACGUAAAAUGGAAAAUGAACGUGUUGAAAUGUUAUCGUCGAUUAAAUCGUAUAAGCCAAAUAUGACUGUGUUUGAAAUUGGAAAAAAUAACAAAGCAAAUACGGCUCGUGAAGUGAUGAAAAUGAAACGUCAAGUUACGGAGAAAAUAUUGGGUAAAAAAUCCAAUCAUUCAUCCGAACAAACGGAAACAAAUUUCAAGGAUAAAGAAUUCUAUCUGAAUUAUCAAUCAAAUGAUUUUCAUUUCGAAAAAGGAUUACAAUUGACAAAAUCAUUCGAUACUCAAUUGAAAGAAUCGAUUCUAGAUUUCGAUGGUGAUGAGAAUGGACAAAUAACAAAAAAUCAGAAUCAUCUAAAAUGGGAUCGAAAAAAGAAAAAAUUCAUACAACCAGGAGAUGAUGGACCAAAAAUGAAAAAAAUGCGAACUGAAAGUGGAAAUUGGAUAAAUGCAUCAUAUAAAUCUGGAAUGUAUGAAAAAUGGCAGAAAAAAGCUAAAAUUAAUCCCAAUGUAACCACCGAUAAUGAUGAUGAUGAUGAUGAUGAUGGUGAUGGCGAAGAUAAACAAAAACGAAAUCGGUCAAUUAAAAUGUCAUCACGAAAAAAGCCAAAACAACAAUCCAAUGGUGACAAACGAGGACCGAAACGUGAAUUAAAAACUAAAGAUGAAAUAUUUAAACAACGUAAACGAUUAGAACGUAUACAGACACAUCAGAAAAAACGACAAAGACAACGAGUCGUUGGUCAUAACAAAGGAAAGCAAUGAAAAGAAAAGGGAAAAGAUGAAAAUUUCAAUUUUUU